UGCUAACUGUUCACAUGAGUGUGGGGGAAGAAAAUCUGAUAAUGGUGACAGUUAAACUCACAGGGGUGGCACUUUUCCUUCUAAUGUCUUCCUGGAUAUUUUUCUUGUUUCUUUUUUGUAAACAGAACACUAUCUUAUUAAAUCAUGCAAACAUCUCGUAUCUAAUGACGUGUAUAUCCUUUUUAAAAGAUAGUCAAGAGAAAACAAAAUGUACACCUGUGUUUGGAAUGGUCUCUUCCACUAUUCUGCAAGCCACCCCUGAAUGAGUCAUCCAGCCGGCUCCUCAUUGGAUAAGACCAUGCCAUCCCAAGGGAUUGCCUUGCAGAGGCAGAAAGGCCUUGCUUCCAUUCACAGAAACAUUGGUAUGCCAGCCUGCUAUUUCAUUCACAUAAAAGACUAAAUAUUGCAUGCUUUUUGUCCUAUAAUUCUCCUUUGUCUUUUUGCCUCCUCUUUUGGUUUGCGAGGGCCUGUCUUUUCUUCCCUGCUUCUGUGUUUGCCUUUUUUUUCUGGGGAGAGAACGCAGACGCGCUGUCUUUUUUUUUUUUUUCUAUAUUUGCCAGGCAGGAAAGAGAGAUGUUGGGAGGGACUGCAGUGCGAAAUCUGCAGCAGAGUGAGAGCGGAAGCUGCUUAUGAAUGAGUGUCAGUCUUUCGGCUUUGCUAGAUGCUCCUGAGGACAUUUUACAUGAAUGGUGUCUGGCUGUUUGCUUUCCGCUACAGGGAAGACAAAGAUGCUUCAUUGCUGCUGGUUUUAAGGAGGAUCAUGGGCUUUUUCUGUUAUCCUUUUGGUUGUUUCAUUGACUUAUCUGUCUGAGAAACAUGUCGUUCCUACUCAGUUUUUUUUUCUCAUUCAUGUAAUUCAACCUGGACUGCUUCCUUGUUGUGAACUAAAAUUGUAUUCCUUUGUUGCAGGAUACUGAUAGAGAAAUACUGCUGCACAUUAGAUAUGCUUUAUUAAUUUUUGCGUUAAUGCCUGACUAUGAAUAUUUUGUGCAGAAACAACAAGUAGUCAUAGGUUUUUUAAAGUAAAUAACUGAGAACCAGGAUCUAAUGCUAAACGCAACACGCAGGGACAGGAGACAAUAUAAUUAAUGUUAAAAUAUAGGCUUUAGAAGUUGUGUUUAAUUGUUCUGCCCAUAUUCUGCGGGUAUUUUAAAUUAACAUGGACAAUAUAUUAAUGAUGUUGCGUAUUUCCAGUCAUGCUAAAAUCUUACUGUAUUGUUGCUUUCAGUGAUUCACUGUAAACGAUGGUUCUAUAUCCUUUUAGGAAAAUGACGUCUUCGUGAAAUAUUUAAAUAGAGGUUUUACACUUGAAUUCAAAACAACCAUAUUUUUCAUAGAUUUUGGCAGAAUUGUAGCUGUCAAAUAAAUGGAUACAAGUUUCAUUACUUAUUUCAUUAAUCAUUUCUGUGAUUAGUUUAUUGUGUGCGUCAUCCUUUAAUCACAACUUUUAUCAGUUCAUCUAUUUAAUAAGAAGUAAAUUGGGGAUGACAUGAAUUCAAGAAAAUUAUCCUCAAUCAUUUUAUGAAGUUACAUUUUCAAGCAACCUCUCAUUCUUAAUUUCCUUUUCUCGGAAAACCAAAUAGGAAGGAAAUAAUUACAGAGAAUAAAUAUCAGACUGGUGAAUUUAAAAAUUGAUAGCUUCUAGUGUGCUGUAAGUGGGAGUUUUUUUUUCUCUCUCUCUCCAACAGGAAGUGAUUUGCAGUGUUCAGCAAGCCUUUUGUUGAGAAGGUUUUCUCAGAUCAGUGAGUCAUGCUCUAGCUCUGAGCCGGCAGGCAGGCAGCAGUCAGUAGAGAGUAUUUGCUCUUCCCUCGCAGUAUCCGUGAUCAUCGACAACAUAGACCUUUUUCUCGUACUUUUUGGAUUUUUAAGGCUAGAAAUCAGCAGCAGCAUCAUCACCGCCGGAAACCAAACAAGGUGCACCACAACACUGGCAGCCUUUUAGAGACCCCUUUGCUCUCCAUCCUCUUCUUCCUCUGCCUCAAUGCUGUGUUUCCAUGGAUUGUGUCUGUAUAUUUCCCUCUGACGGAUUGGAUUUCAGCUCUGGAUUUUACUGAGAGCAGAUUGGACUUUGGCGACAGCAGCGGCAGCAGCAGCUCAACACAACCACCACUGUAACCUCAAUAGAGAAAAUUACAGUCAGGUGGCCUGUGAUUGCUUAAAGGCGUUUGCUGCCUGUACCGCUGCUGCUAUGUUACAGGAGAGGGUAAUCAGCACGGCUCACCCACGUCUGCCAGCACACUUGUGAAAGAGGCAAGCUGUGCGUGUCGGUUGGUGGAGAGAGCAAGAGAGAGAAGGGUAUGCUUCACCGUACCAAAUACAACCGCUUCAGGAAUGAGUCAGUAACAUCCGUCGAUGAGCUUCUCCACGGCCUGUCCAUGAACCCCAAGGUCUCGGCCACCCCCCAGUCUGCAGCCGAGACAUCUUACACACCUCCAACUGAGGUCCAGCCCUCCUCCACCACCACUGCUACCAGCACCCCCACCAGCCACGGCUCUGACCACCUGGAAGAUGGAGGCACCACCCUCUGUACCCUCAUCAACAAGGUGUCCGGCCUGAAAUUCAGCAACUCGGGCAGCUUGCUGGGCAUCAAGGGUCUGCCCUCGGCUGUCAAGGACCUGGCUGUGUCCAAGCUGCAGGGGGGUGGGGGAUCGGGCUCGGGCUGCUCCAGUGGCCCGAACGCCAGUGUGCCGACAGCAGCGGCAGCAGCCUCUGGUGUGGGCGGCUCUUUGUGCAGCUCGGCCUCCCAUUCAACCCCCUGCUCGCAGCUAGACCCAGCCGUCAGUAUGAGCAAGAAGAGCAGGCUGGACGAGCUCCAGCUCGGCGGAGAGGACUGGCAUCCAGCUGGAGGUGGUGGACUGGUGAGCAAACCCUCCAGAGGAUGGCUGCACUCGAGCGAGAAGAUCUCUGGUCCAGGAGUGACAUACAUUGUGAAGUAUCUGGGCUGUAUAGAAGUUCUUCGGUCAAUGAGAUCCCUCGAUUUCACCACAAGAUCACAAAUUACAAGGGAAGCCAUCAGCCUGGUGUGUGAGGCUGUUCCAGGGACCAAAGGAGCUCUGAGGAAGAGAAAGCCACCAUCUAAAGCUCUGUCCAGUAUCCUGGGGAAGAGCAACCUGCAGUUUGCUGGCAUGUCCAUCAACCUAAAUAUCUCCACCAGUAGCCUCAACCUGAUAGCCCCUGACUGCAAACAGAUCAUAGCCAACCAUCACAUGCAGUCCAUCUCCUUUGCAUCAGGUGGAGACCCCGACACAACUGAUCAUGUUGCCUAUGUAGCGAAGGACCCCGUAAACAGAAGAGCAUGCCACAUCCUGGAGUGCUCUGACGGGCUGGCCCAGGACGUCAUCAGCACCAUCGGCCAGGCCUUUGACCUCCGCUUCCAGCUGUACCUGCAGUGUCCCUCAAGCAAAUUGUCCUCCACACAUGACAGGGUAUUAAACAUGGAGGAGUUACCAUGGACAGAGGAAGACGAGGAGUCAGCAGAACAUCCUUACUAUAACAACAUCCCUGGCAAGAUGCCACCCCCUGGAGGCUUUAUUGACACCAGGCUGACCAAUCAGAAUGCAGUGCCAGAUGGAUGCCAGGUGGGCCCAGGUUCAGUAGAUCAGACAUAUUACCAAGGGCGGCACUGUGGAGAAAACUGGGGAGAUGAAAGAAAGUCCAUAUUCAUACAACAGGGAUCUUUUGAUAUAAACAGUCUGCCCGAGAGUAAAGGUCAGGCACCAAAAACGGGAGAGAUGCCUGCUUAUGUGAACACUCAGCAGAUUGACGCCCAGGUGCUCGCAGCACUCCAGGCCGAGGCGGAAAAUGUGACGAGGGGCAUGGCGGCUGCAGCCAGAGAGAGCCCACAGAAGGACCUGUUUGACAUGAAGCCCUUCGAGGAUGCCAUUCAGUCGCAGUCCCAUCCGCCGACCCAGGGGCAAGCCCAGUCCCAGGUCUCCAGUCUUCAGAAGGCAGCAUCCGUGGACAACUCGAGCCCUCUUCUUGUUCGCUCGGUGGCCUUCCGUGCACAGGAGGAGCUGGAGGGCCAGACGUGGUACCAUGGCAAAAUGAGCCGCCGUGACGCUGAAAAACUGCUGAAAGAAGACGGAGACUUCCUGGUUCGUAAGAGCACUACCAACCCAGGGUCCUACGUAUUGACGGGCAUGCACAAUGGACUUGCCAAACACCUGCUGCUGGUGGACCCUGAGGGCACGGUACGGACAAAAGAUCAUAUAUUCGACAGCAUUAGCCAUCUUAUUGGCCAUCACCGUGACAACAAUCUGCCCAUUGUGUCAGCUGGAAGUGAACUGUGUCUCUUACAGCCUGUUGGAAGGAAACAGUGAUGCUUGCAAUGCAUGGUGGGAAAUGGGAAGCUCUGAACAGUCUCUCCCACCAUCCUGAAACUUGAAGAUGAAACAUGAAGAGAAGAUGCUUAAAGGCUCUAUGGGCUGACCGUGUUUCGGGGAAAUUGGCCCACAGUAACACGACUGGAGGCACUGGAAGAAGCAAGAUUUGGAAAAAAAAAAAGAUUUCUAGAACUGUUAUUAUUUUGUUCUGAUGACUGAAAUGCUAUAUUUUUGAGAAGACAUAGGUGCAUUUGGAGAUAAUAUCUUGAUUUGGUGUUUUAAAAGAUAAAAAAGACAACUGUUCUUGUAGUUUAGAUGAAGUGCAAAUCAACCUCAAAGCGGUGUUGACAAGAGUAUUUUAGAAUUAAAAAACGUAAAUUUUAGUUUUGUCUGUCAAGCACAACCACAUUUCUCGUUAAGGAAACACAGCUAAGAGGUCCAAGAAACAAAAACCGUUUGGACAACAAAAGUCUGUUUAUAAUUAUUUAAGAUGUCCUUUCAUCUCAACUAUAGCGUGACAGCUCACUCAAUUAGUCACUAUAUGAAAUCUGCUUUUAUUGGGGAUUAGAACUGAAUGUGUUUUGCUUUGCAGUAUUCACAAAGUGUUGGGGUGCAAACAGACAUCCUUCAUAGUGCUGUUAAUGGCUUUAAAGAUAAACCUUUUAUGAAGUAUUUUCUUGUGUCACGGCAGUCGCAUGACUUAAAAAUCAACUGUUCUUGUGGACAUUGUUUGUAGACCUUGAUACCUCUUUAUUUGAAAGAGGUGCUUGUGUAUGCUGACACUGUAAAGAGUAUUUAUGCUUUUCAACCAGUGAUUAUUUCUGAAUUGGUUUUCUCUGAAUUCUUUUUUAGGUGUGUAGUCAAUGAUUAGUUUUGGGGCUUGAGUCAUGCAAUGGAUGUUUUCACAUUCUUAAUUUAAGCUUUUGUUUUGGUUUGAACUUUUAAAAGUUAUUGUUAUUAUUUGAAUGACCACAAAUAAAUAGCACAAUCAGAAAGUUUGAUCACUUAGAUCAUCUGUGUCAGUUGUACCAAGACGAAUUACCAAGAUGUGAUUUACCAUUUUUUACACAAGAGACUGAAUUAGACAAACGCACAGUGUGCACUCAAUACAGAAUGUUUAAUAUUAGAUGACCUCCACUUAUUGAUGUUCAACAAAAAGAUGAUAUUUCUCAAUGUGUGGAUGUAUUAUAGCAAGACUACUGAAAUGCCACUAGAUGUCAUCACAGAAGUCCUGGUUUACCCCAGUCAGUCACACUCACCUAAAUUCUCUUGUGUUAUUAGUAGUGAAGGAUGCAGGCUGUGUAUUGCUUUACAGUACAGGGUGGAAACCAUUGCUGCUUGACGGGUCACAGUUCAUUUGCAUUUUGCAGUCCACUGUACGCAAUCAUUCCUCCGAGCAGUUUACUGCAUUUCAUGUUAUACAGACUGUUGUUUGUAGAGUGGGAAUCAAACAAUUGAAAUGGCUAAUAGAAACAAUACGCCGCAGUUCUAGCUACAUACUUUUAUAAUGCUCUCAUCUUUAUUAUUAUCAGUACUCUGAUGGAUAGCAAAUGCUGGGGCAUUGUAUUUGAUUUGCACUGUACCACUUCAAUUGAACCAAAAUCAGCAUAUGUUCAAUGAGUUUGACAAGACAGAUGCAAUGUAAUAUAACGUGCCUGUAUUUUGCUGCAAGAGGGAGUGUACAGUACAUGCAUCUUACAACUACACAUAUUUGUACACAGUAUUGGGAUCAAAAUGAAAAAUAUCCACCACCAGAUUACUUUUGGUUUAAGCUGACUUGAUUCCUUGUGUCCCUAGGAGCAGAAGAACAUACUGGCAUUUUUGAGAGAAUGGUGAGAAGAAAAUGGCACAAAGAAUCAUUGAGUUUUUUUUUUAUAUAUACAACAAUCCAUAAACUUUUAGUCUACUUUUUGUGACAUAAUUUCAUCAAAUCUAAUAUCUUGGGAAAAGGAAUAAUCCGCUAUAUGAAAAAAGUAGUCUAAUGUAAAGGAUUCUUUUAGUCUUCGAUUGAUUACUCUGUAUUUCUGAAAAGCAAAUUUGUAGAAUCAUCUUUAAAAAAUGUGGUUUUGAACAAAGCAUAUACAUAUAAAGCAGGAACAACUACAUACUUGAAUGUCUCCGAGCACGUGAUGAUUAGCUGUGUGGUAUAAAGAAAUGAUACAACCAAACACGCUGGGACACAGAAAGAACAUGGCUUCUUUCCAGAUUUCUGUUGAUAAAAAUGUGCCUUUUAUUUGUACAAAUGGUAUUUUUAUUUCUCUUUUCAAAGUGCAAUAGCUGAUCUUCAAUGGGGCAUGCCUGUUCACUAGAGGUUGUGUUUUGCCCUGCUGCGUGUUGCUGCUUGAGACUACCGUUUUCUCUAUCUAUCUGUCUCUCUCUCCCUCCCUCCCUCUCUAUUAUAUAUUAUAAGUGUAUCAUUUCCAGAUUCUAAAUAUAAAUCUUCGUCAGAGGGAAUCACACAAACUCACUAUUUUGGAACAGGUAAAGU